UCUCUCCCUCUCUCACCAUUUAAUCAAUUCUCUCCAUCAACACAACACACAAAGCCAACUCCACAACAGGACAAGCGAAUCCAAUCCAAAACAAUCAAUACUCUCUUUCAAUUUUCUUAUGAUAUUUUAAUUUCUUCUCCUCUGUUCCUGUGAAUUCAACAAAAGUAGAAAGAAAGAAAAAAAAAAGAAACCUUUCCUCUCACCUGCAACUAUAAACGGUUACUUUCCUUUUAUAAAAGCGGUGACUUCAAAUCUGGACCCAGAGAUUGGUAGAUGGAGUUUGAAUCGUUUCUAGUGUCCUUAGGGACGUCAGCAGUCAUCUUCGUCGUGCUCAUGCUCCUCUUCACCUGGCUCUCUCGUAGACCCGGAAACGUUUCUGUUUAUUACCCGAACCGGAUCCUGAAAGGAAUGGAUCCAUGGGAAGGCAGCUCCUUGACCCGAAACCCAUUUGCUUGGAUCCGCGAAGCUUUCACUUCCACCGAACAAGACGUCGUCAAGCUGUCCGGCGUCGAUACUGCCGUCUACUUCGUCUUCUUGAGCACUGUUCUUGGGAUAUUUGCUUUGUCGGCUCUUCUUCUCUUACCGACUCUACUCCCUAUAUCCGCUACUGACAACAGCUUAAAGAACUCUAGGAGCGCCACUGACACCACUAGCAACGGAACCUUUAGCCAAAUUGACAAUCUAUCUAUGGCUAACAUCACUAAAAAGAGUUCAAGGCUGUGGGCGUUCCUAGGAGCGGUUUACUGGGUAUCUCUAGUCACAUAUUUCAUGCUAUGGAAAGCCUACAAGCACGUCGCUGCAUUGAGAGCUGAAGCUCUGAUGUCUAGCGAAGAAGUAUUACCAGAGCAAUACGCCAUUCUCGUUAGGGACAUACCUUCCCCACCUAACGGAGAGACGCAGAAAGAGUUCGUCGACUCUUACUUCAGAGAAAUCUACCCGGAGACAUUCUACAGAUCCCUUGUCGUAACAGAAAACAGCAAGAUUAAUAAGAUAUGGGAAAACUUGGAAGGCUACAAGAAGAAGCUCGCGCGCGCAGAAGCCGUCUUCGCAGCCACCAGUAACCGGCCAACGAACAAAACCGGCUUGCUCGGGCUAGUCGGAGAGCGAGUAGACAGCAUUGACUAUUACACAAAGCUAAUCAACGAAUCUGUAGCCAAACUAGAAGCAGAGCAGAGAACGGUUCUCGCCGAGAAGCAGCAAACAGCAGCGGUUGUGUUCUUCACGGACCGUGUCACUGCAGCUCUAGCCGCUCAGUCACUACACUGCCAGAUGGUUGAUAAAUGGACGGUGACCGAAGCUCCCGAGCCUCGCCAGCUCAUCUGGGAGAAUCUCAAGAUCAAGUUCUUCAGCAGAAUAGUCAGACAGUACUUGAUCUACUUCCUCGUUGCGAUAACCAUAUUGUUCUACAUGAUCCCUAUAGCGUUUGUAUCUGCGAUCACCACUCUUGGGAAUCUCCAGAAGGCUCUUCCGUUCAUUAAACCGAUCGCGGAGAUUGCUUUUAUAAGAACCAUCUUGCAGUCUUACCUUCCUCAGAUUGCGCUCAUCGUCUUCUUGGCUAUGCUUCCUAAGUUCCUCAUGUUCUUAUCCAAGUCUGAGGGGAUUCCUUCGCAGAGCCAUGCUAUAAGAGCUGCCUCCGGGAAGUACUUUUACUUCUCGGUGUUGAAUGUCUUCAUCGGUGUGACACUUGCAGGGUCUUUGUUUGAUAACUUGAAGGCUCUUGAGAAGAAACCAAACUCUAUUAUCACCGUUUUGGCUUCUAGUCUCCCUAAGAACGCUACUUUCUUCUUGACAUACGUGGCUCUCAAGUUCUUUGUUGGUUAUGGUCUUGAGCUUUCUAGGAUCAUACCGUUGAUAAUAUUCCAUUUGAAAAAGAAGUAUCUAUGCAAAACCGAAGCAGAGGUCAAAGAAGCUUGGUAUCCAGGAGACUUGAGCUACGCAACUAGGGUUCCCAGCGACAUGCUCAUCCUCACUAUCACCUUCUGCUACUCCGUAAUCGCUCCUCUAAUCCUCGUCUUCGGUGUUAUCUACUUCGGUUUAGGUUGGCUCAUCCUGAGGAACCAGGCGUUGAAAGUGUAUGUUCCAUCGUACGAGAGCUACGGGAGGAUGUGGCCGCAUAUCCACACCCGCAUACUAGCGGCGUUGUUUCUGUUUCAGCUGGUUAUGUUUGGUUACUUGGGAGUCAAGCUAUUCGUUUGGGCGACUCUCUUGGUUCCUCUCAUAUUCAUCUCUCUCAUCUUCGGUUACGUGUGCCGUCAGAAAUUCUACAAAGGGUUCGAACACACGGCUCUAGAGGUGGCUUGCCGUGAGCUGAAGCAGAGACCGGACCUCGAGGAGGUUUUCAAAGCGUACAUUCCGCAUAGCUUGAGCACUCACAAAGGAGAUGAUCACCAGUUUAAAGGCGCUAUGUCUCGUUACCAAGACUAUGCUGCAAUUUCAGCCGCUUAAGAUUUGGAUCCUGUCCCACAGAUCUGUUUUGUUUGUUUUUUUUUCUAGAAGCUUUUUUAUUAUUGUGUGUGAUUCUAGGGUUUGUUUAGGAUUCGUUCGUAUGUGUUGUUUGGUUGUUGUAACUCGUAACCAUGUAAGCUACCUUAUUAAUUAUCAACUUAUCAGUGUUCGUCAA